AUGGCGGCUCUUCAAGGUGGUCCAGGUACAUAUCCAGCUCCACCAGUCUUCUCUCUCGAACACAACAACGGCUUUAGAUACGCGUCACAAGAUCCGUCAGAUGAAGCAUCAGAUAAUGAAGAGAAGGCUUUAAGUCAUGAAGCACCUGGAGGUGAUGGUGAUUACGAGGACGAAGAAGAGGACGAGGAAGAAGAGGUUGACGAACUCGUUCGAGAAGACAUGACCAAACUUGAAAACAGCUUCCCUGGUAUCUCAGAACGAUUUCGACUCGUCAAUCGAAUUGGAGAAGGCACUUUUUCAACAGUCUACAAGGCAGAGGACCUACUUUACGAUCACUACGAAAACGAUUGGGAUGUUUUUGGACAACGAGAACAAGAAUCAUGGACUAGUCCUCCCACCAAACGACGCCGAGUCGAGGGAGCGAAUGGGCGGAAAAAAGUUCGAUAUGUGGCAUUGAAGAAGAUCUAUGUCACCAGUAGUCCAAUCCGAAUCCAGAACGAGCUGGAGCUGCUACAUGAUCUGCGACACUGUCGAUCCGUGUGUCCUCUCAUCACAGCAUUUCGAUUCCAAGAUCAAGUUGUGGCCGUGCUUCCAUACUUCCCGCAUACCGAUUUUCGAAUUCAAUAUCGCACGUUCUUAGUGGCAGACAUGCGCCAUUACUUACGAUCUCUUUUGACUGCCCUGCUUUCAGUUCACGACCACGAUAUCCUCCACCGUGAUAUUAAACCAACUAAUUUCCUUUACAACCCCGAGCUCAAGGAAGGUGUUUUAGUAGACUUCGGUCUUGCAGAGCGCCAGGGAACUGAGUUUCAUGGUACAUGUCUUUGCACCCAUCAAUCAUAUGUUCGCCGAAGCCGAAUACUUUCCAGCUACUAUUCUAAGAACCCACCAUCAGGAGGAGUUUCCGCCGGAUACCCCAAAAGUGACUCACGGCCAUCAAGGCGUGCAAACAGAGCCGGUACACGAGGAUUCCGUGCUCCUGAAGUAUUGUUCAAGUGCACUUCUCAAACAACAAAAAUUGACAUGUGGUCUGUUGGUGUCAUUCUUUUGACCUUGCUUGGUCGUCGAUUCCCCUUCUUCAAUUCUGCAGAUGAUAUUGAUGCUAUGAUUGAGAUGUCUAGCAUCUUUGGUACGCGACGAAUGAAGACUGUUGCAGCGAUGCAUGGGCAGAUCUUCGAAUCUAAUCUUCCCACGGUUGGUGAAAAGGGCUACAGUUGGGAGAAGUUGGUGAAAUGGUCCAGCUGUGUGGAAGACUUGACGGAAAGUGAACAGCAAGCAACACGCCUACUUGGGGGCUUGAUGGAAUUGGAUCCAUCAAAGCGACUUAGUGCUGAAGAGGCUUUGCAGCAUGACUUUUUCACCAAUCCCGUGCAUCAUGAUGUGGAGUGGGGAGGUAACCCAGAGGAGAGCGGAGACUCGGCCGAGGAAGAUGAGGCGGCAGAAGAUGAAGCUGAUGAUGAUGAAGUUGCUAUGCUGUGA